AUGCAAGCGCCGAUGAUAUCAGCGCCUCUUAAGGCAACCAACGAAAUCGACUGGAUACAGCCGUUGAAGAAUUAUAUCAGACAGACAUAUGGUGACGACCCGGAACGAUAUGCGGAGGAAUGUGCUACCUUGAACCGCUUGCGACAGGAUAUGCGAGGAGCAGGGAAGGACAGUGCUGCCGGAAGGGACCUACUCUACAGAUAUUAUGGACAGCUGGAACUAUUAGACCUGCGAUUCCCGGUCGAUGAGAACCACAUCAAAAUCUCCUUUACUUGGUUCGAUGCAUUUACACACAAAGCCACUGCACAAUACUCUUUGGCGUACGAAAAAGCUUCGAUCAUAUUUAACAUUUCUGCCGUACUUUCAUGUCAUGCAGCGCAUCAAAAUCGAUCGGAGGAUUCUGGUUUGAAAACAGCAUAUCAUUCUUUCCAAGCGUCUGCCGGCAUGUUCACUUAUAUUAAUGAGAACUUUCUCCAUGCACCAUCUACGGACUUAAGUCGAGAUACGGUUAAGACUCUGAUUCAGAUCAUGCUUGCUCAAGGCCAGGAAGUGUUUCUUGAAAAGCAAAUUGCUGAUGGUAAGAAGGUUGGACUAUUAGCAAAACUUGCUAGCCAAGCAGGCUAUUUGUAUUCUCAAGCGCUUGAAGGAACCCAGGACAACGUGAAUAAAGCCAUAUUUGAAAAAGUCUGGCUUCUGGUGGUACAAAUCAAAGCAAAUUACAUGUCAUCUCUAGCUCAGUAUUAUCAGGCUCUUGCGGAUGAUGAUGCAAAUUCACACGGUGUAGCUAUUGCACGAUUACAGGCAGCAGAAAUAUCAUCUAAGGAUGCCAGUAAACUUGCAAACAGUUUCCCUGGAAAUGUGCCCGUCAAUUCAAACUUCACAUCAGAGACAGGCACAACCUUGAUAGAAAUUAACAGGCGUCAUCUUACCAAUGUCCAGGAAAAACUUGCUGAGCUUAUCAAGGAUAAUGACUAUAUCUAUCACCAGACUGUACCAGCCGAAGCGGCUCUCACUGUGAUCCCAAAACUUCCUGCUGCUAAAGCGAUACCAGUUAGCGAACUCUAUGCUGGUCAAGAUAUCCAACGUAUCACGGGACCUGAUAUCUUCCAAAAGAUAGUGCCCAUGUCUGUGACGGAAUCUGCUAGCUUGUACGAUGAAGAAAAGGCUAAACUGGUACGGGCAGAGACGGAACGUGUAGAAACUGCCAACAGUGAGAUGGCCGCAAGUCUUGAUUAUCUCAGAUUACCCGGAGCGUUACAAGUUCUCAAGGGCGGAUUUGAUCAAGAGCUAAGCGGAGGCGAAGAUUUCAGGAACUGGUGCGAUGACUUAGCUGGACAUGUUUCCCCAAUGUCAACUUUUGAUUCUUUGAAAUCUAGCAAAGAAGCUAUUGUGUCAAUAUUGGAAAAGAGCAGCAAACAGCUGGAUAUGGAGGAGAGUGUCUGUGAGAAAAUGCGAUCAAAGUACGAAGGAGAGUGGACUCAACAACCGAGUUCUCGGCUCACAUCUACACUUCGAAACGACAUACGAAACUAUCGAGAAGCUCUUGAGGAGGCUGCUCGCAGUGACAAUCAGCUUUACUCAAAAAUAUGCCAGCAUGAAGUUGACUUUGACGAAAUGCGCUCUGCUGGUGAACUCGGCGAGUCUGAUGUGCUUUUUCAAAGAGCGUUGAUCCAGGUCGGUGGAAAGUCGAGGAACGCUGCCGGAAGUCCCGGCACACGUGAAGGAAAUCUAUUAGAUGAUGAUUUCGACGAUGGGAAGAAUAGUGUCGCAGACCAGAUAGCCAAAGUUGAGGAUAUACUCAAGAAACUGAAUCUAGUCAAACGGGAAAGGUCGCAAGUUUUGAAAGAUCUUAAAGAAAAGGCGCAUAACGAUGACAUAUCUCACGUUCUCAUCCUUAACAAAAAAGGCAUCUCGAAUUAUGAGAACCAGCUUUUCCAAGCAGAGCUUGAGAAGUAUCGACCCCAUCAGAGUCGUUUAUUGUCUGCGAACCACAAACAGUCGUCACUAAUGAAGGAACUCACACUUACAUUUAAUGAUCUUCUGCAAGACAAGAGAGUCCGAUCUGAGCAAAGCAAGUAUGAGACCAUAACCCGUCAACGAUCAUCAGUAAUGUCGAAGUAUAAGCGAAUCCAUCAAGAAUAUCUAGAUCUACAAGCAGGUCUCGAAGGUGCUAAACAGUGGUAUUCCGAAAUGAAGGAUACUGUUAAUAGCCUUGAUAAGAAUGUCGAAACGUUUGUCAAUAAUCGUAGGUCAGAGGGCGCUCAGCUUUUAAAUCAAAUCGAGCAAGAUCGGGCUAGCAACGCGAAUGGGCAUGCAGAUAGGGAGCGUGAACGUCUUAGGGGAUUGAUGGAACGCAUGUCUAUGGACCCCUCGACCUCGCCAACAUCAAGCAAACCUCCUCGUAGGGGAUCUAAUGCGUAUAGUAAUACAUCUCCAUCAACAAGGUACCCAAGUACAAACUUUGCGGGACAGUACCAAGUACCAACAUCGCCACCUCCACAAACUACGACUGCACCUCCCGCACGUGGCUCUAUACCGGCCUCUACCAAUGGAGGAUUUUACCCUCAACAACCUCAGAGAGCCGACCCAUACAGCUCAGCCCCUGGAAGAUCCUCGCCAUAUGGACAAUACAAUCCAAGCACACACUCGCGUAAUCCGUCCCAGCCCCUCUCACCUCCACCAAACCAGAGCCAAUUCCCACGCUCGCCCCCACCACAGCAAACUCAAUUUCAACAGAAUCAACAUCCAUACGCGACAAUGGCACCGCAACAACAAGGGCAAUAUGUACCAGCUGGCUAUGUACCUCCACCUCCACCACCUGGACCGCCACCCCUUGGCCCUCAACAAACAUAUCAUCAACCUAGUGGCUCUAUGACAGCUCAAAAUGAUUAUGGAUAUGGAAACAGCGCUACUUCUCAUCAACGUGGUCAAUCACAGCAAAGUACGAACGAUCCUUGGGCUGGGCUUAAUGCAUGGAAGUGA